CCCAGGUACUAGUCGGAACUGAAGCCGAGUUUGGUUUCAAGUUUUAAAGGGGUUUUCCAUUUUAAAAGUCAACUAGCAAAGUUAUUCAAUGAAGCCCUGAGCCACUGUGUCAUCGCUGGUCACCAAGCUUCCUCUUAUAGUGGGCUCCCCAGUGUAUUGGUCCAGAAGAUGCUGUGUACUUAUUGUGGUUUCCCCAAUCAUGGGGCGAGGUCUGGCUGUUGGGAGCUCAUCAGUAUUUUGCACCCUCCUUUGUUUUUAUCGGGCACCGUAAACCCUUUCUAGAUGUGGUUUUCAAUCUGGAGCCUUCACAUUGCGCCUAUUGUCUCCGACUACUCAGCACCGAUAACCUAGUCCUAGAGCAUUUCUAUUUCCUUGACCCGGCCGGACCUCAUCUCAGUAGGCUUGCAGUCUCUGUCGGGCCAGGCUGUGUACUCUGAAGCUCUCGUGAACAUUGGGUUGGCAGCUAAAACUCCCAGGUCAGACUGGUGGUGAAGCAUGUUUGCUAAUAUACUGUUUUGUGUAUACAGCUCCUAUGCAGACUUCUGCAGUUGCUGGUCCAUUAUUACAGACUACAGCCAUAACAUUGCAAGUAGUAGAUCCUGCGGAUGUGUAACCUACAUCAGGACGCUGGAGAAUUGCGCGUGGUCACAACAGUCACAAGGAAGAAAUGCUAAGUCUCUGAAUAUGGACAAGGAACGGAGUUACAUGACUGAGCGAAUACUGAACCUCACCUUGGAGAUCAUCUACCUGCUGACUGGAGAGGAUUACGCUCCUGUAAGAAAGACUUGUAAUGAUGUCAAGGACAGCCUUCAGCCCUGUAUUCUAGGGAAGUUAAGCAAAACCAAGAGCACCAUCAAUGAGCUUCCUAAUCCCUCUCUUAUAAGGGAUGAGUUAAAGAAUGAUGAGAAGAUCCUAGAUCUCACCAACAAGAUCAUUGAGCUGCUGACUGGAGAGGUUCCUAUAAGAUAUGAAGAUAUCACUGUCUGUUUCACUAUUGAUGAGUGGGAGUAUGUAGAAAGACACGCAGGAUGCUAUAAGGACAUUUUAAAAGAGAAUCAAGAGCCGUUGGUACCAGCAGAUAAUUAUAGCGAUGGUGAUCGUAAUGAAAAAAAUAAUGGCAAAUGUGAUGGACAAAAUCAAAGUAUCAAGCCAAACACAUACAAGCCUGUUGCAAGCCUGGCAUUGGACUUCUCAUCUCACAUUAAAGGGACUACAGUCGAUCCUGUGUCUGAAACUAGCCCUCAACAGACAAAAUGUGAAUCUAGUCAUAUAGAGGAGGAAACAACCAUAGAUGACCCGAGACAUCUGGAGUCAGAAACGUAUGCAUCUUCUCAACCUACGGUGUCGGAAUGUUCUCAGAUGGGAGAAGAGUCCAUUUUUAAUGAAGAUGUUAAUUAUCAAGUCUCUUGUUUUUUCACUACAGCAGAACAGAAGGCUUGUGAAUAUUUAUAUAUAACGGAAGAUGGAAACACGCAUGUCAGCAGCAAUAAACUGGCUAUAAUGACUUGUAGUGAUUGUAGUGACCGUUUUACUGUUGAGUCAGAUGAUGCACGUUUUCCGAGACUACACCCCUACAGGUGUCGUAAAUGUUCCAAAUGUAUUUCAGGGACCGAUGCAAGGGAAGUGCCAAAAGUGGCUAUCGCAGAGCUACCAAGAACAUCUAACCUUGUGUAUGAAGACUACGUGAAAAGAAACCUUGAUCAUAAGAAAUGCUUUGCUAGCAGAAAACAUUUUGACAAUAAAAAGAUUAAUAGGAAAAAGAAAGCCUGUUCUUACUCCAAAUGGGGAGGUUAUUCUGAAGAUACUGCAUCCCUCGAGUCCUAUAAUCUACUUCCAGAAGAAGAAAAAAUGUUUAUCUGCUCUCAUUGUGGGAAAUGCUUUAACCAUGGAGCAAGUUUGGAGCUCCAUCUGAAGACUCACACGGUGGAGAAAGCGUCCUUCAUGUCUCAGAGUGGCAAGUAUCUCCGAAACAAAGCUCUUAAGGUACACCAGGCACACCAACUAAUUCACACAGGUGGUAAACAGUAUAAUUGUUCUGAAUGUGGUAAAAGUUUUAAACGUAGUCUAAGCCUGGUGGAACACAUGCAGUUACACACUGGAGAAAAAACAUUUACGUGCCUUGAUUGUGGACAGAGUUUUACCCAACGGUCAGCCUAUGUCACCCAUUAUAAGGUCCACCAAGCUGGCAAACUUCACUUUUGCUUUGAAUGUGGAAAAAGCUUCCGAACAAAGGCCGAUCUCACCACCCAUCAACGUAUUCACAUGGGAGAGACACCUUUUCCUUGUCCAGAAUGUGGGGAGAAUUUCACAAGACGUGCAAACCUAGUGAGACACCAGCGGAUUCAUACAGGAGAAAAGCCAUUUUCAUGCCCAGACUGUGGAAAAUGCUUCACACGAAAGUUAGGUCUCAUGAAACAUCAAAAGAUCCAUUCAGGAGAAAAAGUAUAUAAAAAGGGAUAUAGGAAAAAUGCCUUCUCCAUGUAUCGUGUGGUUGUGUAACUCCCUCCACUAGAUGGAAAUUUACACCUUAACCUCUUAAGGACACAGGGCGUACUCCCUGAUGUCCUGGUACGAGCAGUGAUCGGAACUGGGUGCCUGCUGAAAUCAAUCAGCAGACACUCUGGGUCAAUGCCGGGCAGUGCUACGGGGGUGGGCAGUCGCGGGAUCAUACGCCCGCCCCCUCUCUCAGGAUGGCUGAGUGGUUUAGCACAUUGCUGACACUCUGCUUGA